UUUUUGUUGUCCAUAGAAGGUCUUUGCAUCGAGAUUUUUGUCGCAAAUGAGUACGAAAGAUAGAUGAGUUUUUCUGUGGUGAUAGUGAGUUUCAGGGCACAAACUGGGAGGCAGUUUGCUUUGUCUGUCAUCUACAUAGUGGGAAUUAUAAUGCAAAGUUCGUUCACAUUUCUAGCUGCCAGUAAUUUAGAAAUUAAAGCUGAAGGCCUGACAGACGUUGUGUAUGACGUGGAUUGGUACAACGCAACUGGUUCGAAAAUACCAAGACACAUUAUGUUCAUGUUAAUGAAAGCCCAAAGACCUCUUCGACUAACAGGCGCUGGAUUGUUCAACGUGGACAGAAGUAUGUUCCUUCAGAUCAUGCGGACUGGAUUCUCAAUUUCUGCAUUGAUAAGGCAAAUUUAAUAAAUAAAUAAAUAGAAACUUAUAGCGUAGUUAGUAAUAGAGAUUAGUACACGUGGUAAGUACUUUUAUUGAUAAGUUCUCUUCCUCAAGUCCUUUUUCUCUGGAAGGACAACCUCAUACGCCGGUUCGCCAUUCUCCGCAACCCAAACUGACCCAUUUUCUCCCUCUUUAAUAACCUUGAGGAACCCUUCAGCUAUCGCUUCGAACCUAAAACCCACAAUGUACACCCUCAUUGACACUUUUUUCCAACCCACUCUUGCAUCUUCACCCCCAUUUUUCUCAUUUCUUCGGAAAUUUUGUGUGGAAAAACUGACCUCACAGCCACUGGAGCACUAUGUAACCCGCUUAGAGUUAACCCUGGGCACAUGGUGACAACGCGAACUUUGUACUUUUUGUAAAAUUCGUCUCCAGCGAGAGCUCGACCCAAACUGACUAUACCGUGUUUGCACACACAGUACACCGGAGCAACCUGGGUAGGCUGCAAACCUAGAAUAGAAGC